AUGCCCUCAGACAGCAGACUGGCGAGGAUGGACUUAGCCUUCGACUCGCCCGGCGAUCCCCCAGGCAUCACAGCCUUGUUCCUGAUCCGCUUUGACAUCAGAGCCGGAUAUACGAUUGCCUGGAAGAAGACGGCUUCAGAGAUUGUACUUGACAAUGCGGUGGAAUUCAAAUCUCUACCCUCCGGCGCACACAACGUCAAGGAGGACCUAGUAUACUUCGUCCAUGAUCGAUACAUAGGCCUCAGCGCCUUUAUCAACCAACCCGCGGGGGAGGCGGAGCGCAAUGCGAUUAUGCUCUCAGUAGGGAUACUUGCGCCUCUUAGCCAUGGCAGGCUCGGGAGAAGCUGGAAGCACGCUGCAGGUCUCAAAGAACUUGCCAUACAACUAGCAGCCGACCCGGACGAAACUCAGCCAUUGGCUAGCUACUGGGACAAGCACCAAUUGAGAGACAGCGAGGGCAGUUCACCGCCCGAGUCGCCAUUAGAAUCCAUGUCCUAUCCUAAACCAACCUCCGUGCCGCCUGCCAAACGUCGACAGCGUGCUCUAAGUGAUGCGACUGCGCUUAUAUCAAGUCGCACACUUCCGUCAUACCACCCUGCAUUGACUCUGCCGGACUUCCUAGACACAUUCGGGCCCUUGAUAUUCCCUUUAUAUCGGGCAGCGCUCUUGCGGAAACGCAUAGUCUUCCUUGGUGAUGCUCCGGUCGAGUCAUCUUGUAAUUUUAUAUAUAACAUAUCCCUACUAUCAUCUCUUCCUCAGAACUUGCUACCCCUCCUUCCCUCCACCAAAGAUAUACCCAGUUUCCGACCACGACCUCUAUUCAAUAUUGGCAUACACGACAUGGCCCAGCUCUCCGCCCUGUCCAGCACUGAUCCAUGCUGGAUAGCUUGUUCCAGUGACCGCGUUCUCGGGCUACGGCCAGAACUUUACGACGUACUCGUUACCCUUCCACCAAACUAUUCCAGGCAAGCACCUGAAAGAGUAUACCCCAAAAUGUCCCUUUCCCCUCCAGCUGCUGCAGGUCAGCAGAAGGACCCAAAAGCGAAAUCUACUCCCAUAAAAGCUACACAACGAGACAACCGUCGAUUCAUAACGUUACGAGAUGGGCUCAGAGAGUUUUCGCGGCUAGGCGAGAUAUCUGGUCCUGACAGAGAAGACUCAGAUAACGCGUCCACUUUCUCAUCAAGUUCCCUGGUUGAACCGAUCUCCUGGCCUUUACUAGCAUAUACAUCUUUCAUAUGGUGGGCAUCUGCUGGUGAAAAAGGCGCAGGACCAUCCGAUGAAGAGGCAGAACAAGAUGCAGAACUUCUCCAGAUAUCCAGUGACGACACGGAGGUUGUAGACGACCAUUCAAACCCGAAUUCGCUUCGCCGUCGAGGGUCAAUGGUCAUUCCAGAUGCCAAUAAUACGUCUCAGGAAAUAGCUUUAAUAACUUACUUCAGACGAUUGACCACCCACAUAUUCACUAUCUUAUUCGACAUCAUCACUCGCCAGACUGAAGAAGACUUGGACGAGUCUCCCGACCUCAGCAACCAGAGCGAAACGUCCUCACUUCGCCGCUACCGCGACAAUGAGGGCGAAGAGCAUGAGGAUGAUGAGCAGAACUCUUCUACGCUUGUAGGCGAACAUGAUGAUCAGCCGCUCUUGCGUACGCCAGACGAAGAAGAAGGCGUUAUCACAAUCACUUCCUCGGAUAUAACUAACAUGGGCCUUGAUGCCUGGAGUCAUGCCGAUAAAGUCUUCGUUGUAGAGCUAGUGAAUGUAUGGUGGGGGCGGAAGGCGCAGGUUGAGGGAUCUCAUAUCCAAUGCUGUGGUGUAAGAAUCAUAUAA